CUCAGUAGACGGAACAUGGCGGACCGCUCAAAAGACUGAAAUAAUGCUGAGACGACUGACAGCGAUCAGUUUCACUCGCACACUGCUGCACUCCUCAGAUGUGGAGUGAAGAUAAUACUGGAGGGAAUCAUUCACCACAGUACAAAAAACAAGGAUGUCUAAUUAUAUGGAGAAUGGUCCCAGUACUCCUAAUGGGGAGACUGAGCAGGUGUGGGAGAGACCCUGGACACUGGAAGAGAUGAGGAAAAACAGCACAAGCUGGUCACUUGCAGCAGAUUCAGGGUUGCUACAUUUCCUGCAAGACUUCUCUCAUAGGAUGUUGUCCAAGACUCAUGACAUUGAGAAGCAGUUGGACGGUCUUAUUCGGGACACUAAAGCCACAGACAGCUGCCUACACACUGUGUUUAAUGACUUUCUCAUGCUGUCCAACACACAGUUCAUUGAAAACAGAGUUUAUGAUGAGGAGGUUGAAGAGUCCGCUCCAAAACCUGAAACCAUGGAGAAACAGCCUGAGCAGGAAAAGACGAGAGAGCAGAAAGAGGCUGAACUUAUUCCCAAAGUCCAGGAGGCGGUUAACUACGGUCUGAAGGUCCUGGAAUCUGCUUUCGAGCAGCUUGACAUUAAAGCAGGAAACUCUGAGUCUGAGGAUGAGGAGGCACUGGAGAAAGUUGAGCCCAUUUUGGAACCCAAAGACCUGUAUGUGGACAGGCCUUUGCCGUACUUGAUCGGUUCUCAAGCAUUUAUGGAUCAGGAGGAUGUUGGCCUGGGAGAUCUCUCCAGUGAUGAAAUGUCUAUCGGCAGUGACAGAGACAGUGUCAUUGAGAGUGAGGAUGAGGACGCUGAUGAGCAGUCAGAUGACGAUUUUGACCAGGACGAUGAAGUCCAUCGCCACUUAAAGAAAAAACCGUCUGUUGUCAGUUAUGAUGAUGCUGAUGAAGAGAAUGAAGAGGAUGAAGAUUCAGACAUAUUUGGAGGGUCUGAUAAAGAUGAAGACGAGCUCAGAAAUGACUCUGGCCUACCAUCAUUUGCAGAUGAACUAGCAGCCAGAAUUAAGGGAGAGACUCCAAGCAAACAAGAGGCUGAUCGCACAUCCAUGUCAUCUGGUCCAUCAGUCUCUCAGAAGAAGAGUAAAACAAAGAAAGAAACAAAACCUCAGGCGGUGGAUGAUCAGGAUGAAAUGUUCCAACCACCAAAAAUGGACGAUGAAGAGUAUUCUCCAUUUGGAGGGAAGGGUGGGCUGUUUAGUGGAGGCAGAGGAUUAUUCGAUGAUGAUGAGGGAGAUCUCUUUUCUGAUGCACCCAAAACAGAGCGUGCUGAGCGGGAACAGACCGUCACGCAAACCACAGAACCCAAUAAAACGAAGAAAAUCCCCACUGGCGCCGUUUCCAUCUUUCCUGAAAACAGCCUGUUUGGUAAAACAAACGAUUCAGAUUUUUUAAAGAGCAAAGAUGAGAAAAGCCCAGCGAGGCCCAAAGUACUAGCAGCUCCAAAACGUUCCCCAGCCGGGGGUGGACUCUUUGAUGAUGACGAUGAUGGAGAUGAUUUCUUCACCGGGAAGACUCUUACAAAAUCCACACCCGAUAAUCAAAUGCCGAAUAAGACCGUGGACUUGUUUGGGGAGGUUGAUCGCACUGUGUUCAGUGAGAAUUCCAGUGCAAUUCUUCCCCAUCAGGACAAAAGAGCAAAUGGAGAGGAGGAAACCCGUCCUCCUGAGAAAAAGCCCCCUGCUGGAGCCAUUUCAAUGUUCGGGCCUGGCACAAAAAAUAUACUAGUGGAGGGUCUGAAGAAACGCAAGCCUUCAACCAGUGAGGAGUCCACAAAAUCUGAAGAGAAUGUACCUCCACCUGAAGCAGCCAAAUCUUUACCUGUUCUGGUGGCAUCAGGGAAGGCCCAGAGCAAGGGUUUAUUUUCAGAUGAUGAAGACUCACAGGUAUUCCCAAAUGCUACUAAAAGUAAAUCAAAGCCCACAGCCCAGAAUAAACCCAGUAAAGCUCCGCUCUCAAUAUUUGAUGAUGAAGAUGAAGAGGACCUUUUUUCAUCAGCACCAAAGUCCAAGUCGGUUCAGGUCAAAAAACAAACACUACAACCCAAGAAACCUGUAUCCAGCACCCUGUUUAGCGAUGAUCAGGAUCAGUGGAUGAGCUCAAAAUCCAGCAAAGAAAGUCCAGAAGUAAAGCCGGGUGGCAUGAAGUCCAGUGUUAGCGCCCCCUCCAGGCUACCCAGUGUCAAAGCUCCACAAAAAGAUGGUCUGUUUGAGGAGAAUGAGGAUGAUGAUCUGUUUGCGGCCACAAAGGAAUCAAGUAAGAAGUCGUCUCAGAGAGCGUCUCUACAGUUUGAGGAUGAAGACAAAGAACCGCUUUUUGGAUUUAAACCACCAACGAACAAAGCUUUAUCUGAAUCUAAGGCAUCGGGUGCUCCCUCUCUGUUUGAAUCUACAGAAGAAGAAAUUUUGCCCAGUAUAGCAUCUGCCAAGAAAACAGACGAGAAGAAGCCUGUGGAAUCGGUUCCAUCCUCUGAUAACAACACUGAGAUAAAGAAGAAGCCAGCAGGCGCAGUUAGUCUUUUUGGUGGAAUUGACAUUUUGGGAAGCAAGCAAGAUACAAGCAAGAAACCGAAUAAUCAAGAAGAGCUCUCUGAUGGCGAGGAUCUAUACAAAGAGGCUCCACCGCCAAUGGACAGUAAGGGGGCCAAGACUAAAAAAACAGCUCUGAGUCUAUUUGAUGAUGACUAUGAUGAUGAAGAUGAAGACGAGAAUUCUGGUGAAAUACUGUCUUCUAAAACCUCCAAACCAGCAGAAAAGAGUACACUAAUGGAUCAUGGAUCCCAUAUCAAGAGCACAGGUGUGUUUCAAGAUGAGGAGCUUCUGUUCAGUAACACUCAACAGAGGGACAAUGAUCCGGAUGUGGAUCUCUUCUCAUCAUCUGCAAAAGCAGCUGUGUCGUCUCAGAGCUCCGUAAAACCUGUUGCCCCAAUGCUGUUUGGAGAGGAUGAAGACGAGGAUGAUCUCUUCAGUUCAUAUAAACCUAAAACUGCUCCGAAAGUAGCAGAGAAGCCCAUCAAGCCAAGAAAAGAUGAAGUCAACAAACCAACACUUACAUCAAACAAGGAGCCCACAAGCCCUCUAAAACCUAAAAAAACCUCCUCAAGGAUUGGAGAACUUCAAGCUAGCUUAGCUGUCAACCCCGCCAGCCUUCUGCCAGGCGCUGUUGCACGGAUUCCAGGAGCUGUCACUGCAGUCCCUGGACUCGCACCCUCUUCCCUUCCUGCAUCUGCCAGUGAGGGUGGCGUGAGCUUUGAUUCGCCAGUUCAGGUCAACACGCUGGAGAAUGCUAACAAGAGUCGCACUAAAGGUGCAGGGAGAAGGCGACCUCAGACGAGAGCAGCAAGACAUCUGGCAGCACAGGAGUUUGAAGAGGCAGUUGGGGAAAGCCAAUAUGAAAAAUCAGACAUAGCCUCUUCGCUCCCUCCAUUGAACCCAGUUUCACCCCGACCUUCACCACUCACAAUACCUGUCACCGCCAGGAUCCCAGAUGGAGCAGUCAGGCCGAAGAAAUUUCUCGAUACUGAAGGUGACCUAUUUGAUUCUGAUGAUCUCUUUGCCACCGCGUCCUUGACAAAGCCUCCUCCUUCCUCAAAACACAAAACAAAGCCUCCCGAGGAAGGCCAUAAGAAAGGGUUGAAGACAGAAGCCAUCAUAGCCUCAAAGAAGGACCAGACGUCAUCUAUUUUUGACAGUCAUGGGGAUGAUCUUUUUGCCAAGGUGAAACCGAAGCCUGUGCAGAAAGCCAAACCAAUUUCCUUCCUAGGAGACGAUGAUGAUGACGAUAUUUUUGGAGCAGGAAAAAGUACAGAAAAAUCUAAAAUGGAGAUCAGCGCUGCAAAACCCGACAUUUUUCAUGAUGAAGUGGAAGAACUUUCCAAACCCCAGAUGAAACCUAAGGAUGUGUCUCUGGAUGCAAGUCUGUUUGAUGAUGACAUUGACAUUUUUGCUGACUUGACUACCACUACAAAGCCAAAGGAGAAGAAAGCGAAGAAAAAAGUGGAGACAAAAUCUAUAUUUGACGAUGACAUGGAUGACAUUUUCUCAACUGGAAUUCCGAAAGCCACCGUAAAGCCGCCCUCCAAGUCUAAGAAGACUGCCCAGGAUCCCAGCACGGCUGCAGAAACAGGCCAUAAUAUUUUUGAUGACCCCUUGAACGUGUUUGGGGGAAACUAAGCCCUACUUCAUAACCGUUAUCUUCUAACUGUGUAGCAAAGUUCAUGGACUAAAAGAAGGUAGACAUAUUCUAACACUGUUUGUUAAUAGUAGAAAUUAAAAUCCUAAAAAAAGAAUCUAGAAUAAAAGAUCAUAUGUCUGUUAAUGUAGAAUGGCAUCUGUAAAGUCAUUUGAAUGGUAAAUGAUGUAGCUGACAUGAACGGGCAUUGAUGUGCACCGGUUUUAUGUGUCUUUCAUUAGCACUUUAAAUACGAGAUUUGUUUAAAACUAUGUUUUGAUCGAGACUAGAGACAUUUCUCAACUGUCUGGUUUAAUUUUCCAAUGUAGUGCCAAUUCUAUGCCCAACAUAAGUGCUCUGUCUCUGUUGUGGAUGUUUUUAUAACUUGAGCUUACGUUUCUUGUGCUGCAUGUCAAAUGAGUUUUGGAAACUAAAGGAAAUAUAUUUUAUGAAAUGUA